AUGGCCUUUCAAUAUAGAAUGCUUAUGCGCCUUUCAAUAAUGUUGCUGGCAGUACUUGUACCAGCAGCUACAAGUGUUGUAGCAACAACAAGAGCAAGCGCAAGACAAGGAGGAGAAGAAAAUGAAACAGCUAUGGCCCUGCCUGGCUGCAAACCCAAAUGUGGUAAUGUCACAAUUCCAUACCCAUUUGGCAUUGGUGACAGCCAUUGUUUCUUCGGACCACGAUUCCAAAUCACCUGCAAUGAUGGGUCCACAGAACCCCGAUUGAUGGAAUCCCGUAUGAUUGUCACCAACAUAUAUCUUGAAGAAGGUGAGCUGCAAACAGAGCAGUUAGUAAACCGAGUUUGUUUUGACAGCCUAGGCAAUCCAAAAGACAAGGAAGACCAAAGCAAAGGCGGGCUCAGUGUGAUUCCUCCUUACACCAUCUCUGGUGCCAAAAACAUGUUGGUUGCGGUUGGUUGUGACACGUACGUGAACUUUGUUGGUAGCCGGGAUGAUCAAAACUACACAACCGGCUGCCUCUCCAAAUGUCAACAUGAUAUUAGCAGCAACGCCAUUGAUAAGAACGACUCUUGCUCUGGCAUGGGGUGUUGCGAAACGAAGAUCCCCCCUUUACUGCACAACCUGUCUCUGACGGUGUCAAGCUUUAGUCAACAUGAGCCUGUAUGGGACUUUAACCCCUGCGGCUACGCCUUCGUUGUGCGAAGGGGCAACUUCACAUUCAGCAAUACGAGUUUUCAACAACUCCGCAAUACAACCCGGCUUCCCCUGGUUCUUGAUUGGAAAAUUGGGGACGAGUCGUGUGAAAAUGCAACGAAAAACAACAAGACUUAUGCAUGCAAGGGAAAUAGCACCUGCCAUGACAAGACUUCAGGUUACAUUUGCAAGUGCUUGGCAGGCUACCAAGGGAACCCAUACUUCGAAGAUAGUUGCCAAGAUAUUAAUGAGUGCGAUGAUUUGAACUCCUGUACGAAUGGACAGUGCAUAAAUAUACCCGGAAAUUACACUUGUUCCUGUGAUAGUGGCUACCAUAACCUGGACAAUAUUACGUGCAUCGAAGUUCCCAAUGCAAAACGCUGGAAAAUUUUGCUGGGUGUGUCAUUGAGCUUCUCUGUUUUAGUGGUUGCAAUUCUUUGGAAAUAUAGGAAAAGUAGGAAAAAAAGAGAAGAGAAUCUCAGACGAAUAUACUUUAAAGAGAAUGGUGGCGAACUUUUGAAGGAAAAACUAGGGAACAAAGCCAGAAUCUUUACUGAAUCAGAAAUUCAGGAGGCCACAAACAAUUAUGCUGAAAGAAACGAACUUGGUAGGGGAAGGUAUGGAAUUGUUUACAGAGGAAUACUAGAUAAACAAGAGGUUGCCAUAAAGAGGCCAAAAAUUGAUGACCAAAAACAAAAGAAUCAAUUUGCUGAGGAGAUGACUGUUCUUUAUCAAAUCAACCAUAAUAAUGUUGUGAGAUUCGUAGGUUGUUGUUUAACGACCAAAACACCAAUUUUGGUUUAUGAGUUCAUCAGCAAAGGCAGUCUUUAUAAGAGUAUUCAUGUAAAAGAAGGCGAAAAACCACUACUUUCAUUGGAAAAGCGGUUGAAGAUAGCAGCCGGGACGGCAGGAGCCCUAGCAUACUUUCAUCACGACACUUUCAUGCCAAUCAUACACGGUGAUGUGAAAACUGCUAAUAUACUAUUAGAUGAGAAUUUCACGGCAAAAGUGUCUGACUUCGGAGCAUCAAGACUGGCUCCUAAAGAUGAGAAUCAAAAAUCAACUUUAGUCCAGGGAACGGUCGGAUACGUAGACCCUGAAUACCUUCAGUCAAACACCCUAACAGAAAAGAGCGACGUCUAUAGCUUUGGAGUUGUGCUAGCGGAGCUGUUAACAAGCCGAAAGGCAGAGGAAAACCUAGCAAAUGACUUUGUUGCCUCGGUGGAAGGGGGUAAGUUGGGUCAAAUUCUUGAUGAAAAAAUAGUGGAGGGACUUGAUGAAGAAAUAGUCAGAAAAGCUGCUGAUCUGGCAAAAAGAUGCUUGAAGUCAAGAGGGGAGGAAAGGCCUUCCACGAGCGAAGUAGCCGCAGAGCUAAAAUUAUUAGUGCUGACCAUGCCACAACAUCCAAGUGGAGGAGGAGGAGAGGCCAAUAAUUAG